AUGUACUUCAACGUCACACCGCAGACGCUCAAGAUGUGGACACUGACGGUCGUCGCCGUGCUGCUGACGUACGAAUGCGUCGCUUACGUCGUGCGCGUCGCGCUGAGACGCAAGAUCAGAUCGUCCAUGCUCAUCCUCCUUCUAACCACCGUUCACUCCCACUACUACUCGUGGUGGGUUUUUGUUGAGUUUUACAACGACGACUUGUACUUGCAUUGGUGGAAGCAGCUGGUUUUUACUCUCACAGAAAUGGUGUCUACUGUAGUUAUAGUGUCACAGUUGGACAAAGCUGUGCCUCUCUUCCCCCGUGCACUCGUGGCUAUCGCCAGUAUUGCUAUUUUUCAUAUCGUGGCUACGGGAAAGGACCAGUUCGUGGAAAGCGUGCUCCGGUCGAAGGGGAAGUUUCACCAACAGUACCGGGACGCUGCCUUCAUGACUUCCGAUGUUGUGUUGCUGAAUAUCUCGUCCAUGGAGAUGAUGCGGACGUUGUUUUGUCGUGGGGACUCCACGGUUAAUAGGAGAAGGAACUACAGAACUUUCAAACGUGACGUUUUCCUCUCAGCUAUUGUUAUUGCUGUACUUCUGGUAGUCUUUUUCAUUGUAUUCGAUGAGUCAGAUUUGAAGUAG